GGCUGUUUUUUUGUUGCUGGAUAUAUAUCGUUUGUUGCGUCUAAAUAUGAAUGAGGAUGUGGUUAUUGAUAAAUCGAAUUGUUAUUGUUGUUCUUAUUAUUAUUUAGGGGGGCUUAGGAACAUUUUGGGGUAGCUUCAGCCCCUCUAAAAUAGGCCUAUGUCUAUAGGUUGGUGCGUGAACUUAUGGAUGGAUGUCGCCCAUAACAUUCGCAUACCACAUAUGCCUAGGGCCCACCCUGUACUCAGACUGGCUUCUGCUGGUUUAGUAGAACAUAACGUGACAGUUCCUGUUACAUGACAAAAUGUUUAACUGCUUGAAAUUUGAGCUGAAGAAAAUAAAGAGGAGGGCUGCAAGAAAGAGCAGAAGAAACACUUGGAAGGAGGAGUGACAGUGUGCUUGAACAAGUGGCUGUAUUGCUUUGACGGCAGUCUACUGUCCUGGUGCCACUUCCCUCAAAGUUCAAAGGUUGUUUAAAUUCAGUGUGUGACGAGCAGGGCUGAUAUUUGAAAGAAGGAUGGAGCCCGUCUCUCUCCCGCCACUGUCCCGUGUUGCCAUUUGUGGUGGCACCCAUGGAAAUGAGAUGUCAGGGGUGUACAUGGUGAGAGAAAUGCAGAAACAGAAGGUACAUCGGACUGAAUCUGUUUCUAUUACUACCGUCUUAUCAAAUCCACGGGCUGUGGAUGCUUGCAGAAGAUACAUGGAAACAGAUCUCAAUCGCUGUUUUACAGAUGCCUUGCUGAGUGCUCCCAUAACAGAUUCUACACCCUACGAGUUGAGGCGAGCCCGAGAGCUGAAUGCUCAGCUUGGGCCCAAAGGAAGCCCGGAGGCUGUGGAUCUGCUCUGCGACCUCCACAACACCACUGCAAACAUGGGCGUGUGCCUCAUCUUUUACUCCUUAGACUGGAUCACCCUGCACAUUUACAAUUACAUACAGAGCAAGAUGACCUCUGCACCUGUGAGAGCAAUCCAGAUGGAUUUACCCAUUUCUGAGGCUUAUUCCCUGGAGUCAGUGGGAAAACAUGGCAUCGGUAAGUCGAUAGAGGUCGGUCCUCAACCCACCGGCGUGACCAGAGCUGAUAUCUUUAACAUGAUGAAAGAGGCAGUGGAUCUCACAUUAGAAUGGCUUCAGAAAUUGAAUUCUGGAAGUACUUUUGAAGGAGGUGAGGUGGAAGCAUACACUUUGGUGAAGAGUGUAGACUACCCAAGGGAUCCUACAACCAAUGACAUUACUGCUGCCAUUCACCCCCAGCUGCAGGAUAAUGACUUCAAGCUUCUCAAACCAGGCGACCCCAUCUUCCUGUCAUUUUCUGGGGAGACGGUGAAGCAUGAGGGGGAGGAACUCUACCCUUUAUUUGUAAAUGAAUGUGCCUACUAUGAGAAGAAGAUUGCUUUCCAUUUAGCUAAGAAGGUCACCUUGACCUUCCCGUCUAUAAGUGUGAGGAAAGAGGACUGAGAGUACAGAGACAGAAUGAGACCAAGAUGUAGACUUUAAAUUGUAAUCACAGAAAAAAUAUAUAUAUAAAAUUAUGUUUUUAAUAAUCACAAAUGCACAAACAAAUGCAAUGAUGAUUUAAUAUUCUACAGGUGCCUGACACUAUUGAUUACCUCGUUAUCCUGUUUAGCAAUGCAUUACAGCAGCUCUGCAACAGUAUUACCUCUGUAAGGGCCUAAAGAAGAGACUCAUGUGUAAUACCAGAGUUGUUAUUGUAAUUGACUGAAUGAUAUUGCACAGGAACUAGAGUACUUGGACAUUGAUUUUUUUUGACAAUUAUGCAAAACAUGUUUGAAUACAUGGCGACAUGGCUCACUUCUAACAUGCUUAUGUUUAGCAGCUUUAAUAUUUACAAUGUUCACCAACUUAGUUUAGCAUGCUAACAUUUGCUAAUUAUCACUAAACACAAAGUACAGCUGAGGCUGAUGGGCAUUAGCUUUGCAGGUAUUUGGUCAUAAACUAAAGUACAGCAUUGCUAUGCCCAGAGGCAUGUCACUAAUGUGGCUGAAAAUUAGGGCUGCACAAUAUAUAUCAUUUUUUUAAUCAUUAUCGCGAUAUGAACUUGCGAAAUACACACUCACGAAUCGAGAAAGGCUACAACAUAUCGCGAAAGACACUUUUUCUAACUUUUUUUAGUUACUUGAGAGUAUCAGUAGAAAACUCGUGUAACGAUCAACAUAUAUAUAUUUUUUUAAACGGUGCCUUUUAUGUCCAAUUCAGUGUUCAAUUUGUUUAAUAACAUGUUGGAAAUUUGUAAAAAAAAAAAUGUAACUCAAAAAUCAAUUUGCUGUAUUUUAACAUAAAUAUAUAACACCAAGUACACUUUGUUUAUCGCAAGCAAUAUCAUCGCGAUAUUCAACAACAUAUCGCAUAUUGUAUAUUUUCCUCUUAUCCUGCAGCCUUACUGAAUAAAGCAAUAGCUAUCAAAAAGCAUCUGUAAUUUUUAUAUAAUUGCAAGGAUUAAUGAUGAUAUUUUAAUAAUUCUAUUACAACAGAUCACACAAAAACAAUAUGUCAGCAAAUGUCAAAUUU